AUGGCAGAGUCUCUAUUCUCACAAACCCGGACACGAGGCAAUGUGGAGCAUGUCAAUAGUGUGGGCGCAGAGCAGGACAUCGAGCUCAAUGGUCUAGCUUCACUGGAGUACCACGAACGCUUGACUAGAUUUGCCCGUGGCGCGGUGCGACACUGGGUCAAGAACACGACAGUGAUUGACUUCAGACCACUGUACGCUGUCAGCAUCCACCACCAGCAACGACAAUUACUGCAGGAGAUCAGUACCUUUUUCCGAAGCAACAUGACAGACGAACAGCUAGACAGGAUCGGGAAACUAUUGGGACAAUACACCAACACUCUUCGCCACUUUGAAUUUAUCCAUUCCAACCGGUGGAAUACUUACUUUGUAAAGAAUAUCGCUGCUUCGCGCGUUGACAAUGGUCCGGGCUCGAGAAUGCAAGCAGCAUUAAUAUCGGAAUUCGGCCUUGCUUUACCUGCGCCGCAACAUACCUUAUACUCGGAUGACGACCUUCUCGGUUCCUUCGACCACUCUUUGAUGGAGCAUGGGACAGCUCGGGGCAAGACGCGUGGCACAGAACGACAGCAAUCAGAGCUGGCACGGCAGCGCCGUGAAGGGAUCAAGAGAGCACAGCGGAGAUUCAUAUUUGCAAUUAUAGGAGGUCUGGUAAUUGUGACACCGGUCCUGGUUAUCGUUGUUGGUACGGUAUCUGCGAAAGCGCUCGCAGUGGUAUCGAUCUCGAUCUUUGCGUUUUCGGUAGUAGUUGCAUUAUUUUCUGCAGCAGAGCCUGAGAGUUUGCUUGCUGCAACCGCUGCGUAUGCCGCGGUGCUGGUCGUGUUCAUCAGUAAUGCAAAGCCAGCUCCGGCAUAA